UUCGAGACGUGUAUAUUUUCAAUUAUUUAAUUUUUUUAUUAAUUCUACUUUUUUUUCUUUUUUUUUUUUUCGAAAAUAUUAAACGUACUAUUUUUAUAUUAAUAAUGGCUGUACAACCAAAUCAACAAUUUAGUAUGGAUCCACCUUCUCAAAUCAGUUUCGUUAGAUAUUUCAAGAAUCUUCCAGAAAAAUCAAGUUCUACUAUACGAUUUUUUAACAGAGGUGAUUAUUAUACAUUACAUGGAAGCGAUGCUUUAUUUGCCGCCAAAGAAGUUUUUAAAACAACAUCUGUUUGCAAAAUGCUUGGUGCUGAACCUCAUAAAACUGAAGGUGUUAUAUUAAAUAAAAGUCAUUAUGAGGCAUUUAUACGUGACUUAUUAUUAGUAAAACAAUAUAGAGUAGAAGUUUACAUCAAUCAAGGAUCGUCAAAAAACCAAAAUUGGGUAUUAGAAUAUAAAGGAUCACCUGGUAAUCUGUCACAAUUUGAAGAUACAUUAUUUGCUAACAAUGAUAUUGCACUUGGAGUAUCAGUAAUUGCUAUAAAAUUAGGGAUAGAAGGAAAAUCCAGAAUCGUAGGUUUAAGCUGUCUUGAUACCGUAGCAACUUCUUUCUCAGUUUGUGAAUUCCAAGAUAGUGAAUCUUUCUCAAAUUUAGAAACAUUUAUUGUUACACUUAAUCCAAAAGAAUGUUUGCUAGUCCAAGGAGAAGGUAGUUAUGAGUUUGAUACUUUAAAGCAGGUAAUAGAAAGAAGUAAUAUUUUAGUUACUUUAAGAAAAAAGAGCGAGUUUUCUAGUGAUUCAGUUGUACAAGAUUUAAAUACAUUAAUCAAAUUUAAAAAAGGCCAGCAACAAAAUGCUCAAUCUUUACCUGAAGUAAAUUUAACAUUAGCUAUGUCAGCUACAUCUGCAUUAAUUAAAUAUUUGGAUCUGACAUCUGAUGAGGGAAAUAUUCAUCAAUUUAGCCUAGAACAUAUAAAACAAUCACGCUAUUUAAAAUUAGAUACAGCAGCUAUAAAAGCUCUUAAUAUUGAGCCUCGUUUAGAUGUAUCUUCUAAUUUAAAUGGAAAUGUACCUGCAAGUAUUUUGACUUUAUUGGAUAAAUGCAGAACUCCACAAGGUCAUAGAUUAAUUGCACAAUGGAUUAGACAGCCUCUUACAGAUUUGGCACUUAUAAAAGAAAGACAUGAUAUUGUAGAAGUAUUAGUCAAAAACAAUGAAUUGAGAUCUGCCCUUAGCGAAGAUCAUUUAAGACGUAUACCAGACUUACAACAAUUAGCUAAAAAAUUAUGUAGAAAAAAAGCUCAUCUUCAAGACUGUUACAAGAUUUAUAUAAGCGUGUCUCAUUUGCCAAGAUUGAUACAACAACUUUCUGAUGCUUCUGAUAUAACAGCAUUAAAAGAAUUGAUUAUAAAUCCAUUAAAAGAACUUGUUAACGAUAUGGAUAAAUUUCAACAAAUGAUUGAGCAGACUAUUGAUUUAGAUGCAGCGGAAAAGGGAGAUUUUUUAGUACGUCCAGAUUUUGACGAUGAAUUGAAAGAACUAAAGGAAGAAAUGAAUGAAAUGGAAGAAAAAGUACAAUCUCAAUUAAGUAAAGUAGCUGAUGAUUUGAGUUUAGAAUCAGGAAAAUCAUUAAAAUUGGAAACCAAUCAACAGUUUGGCUAUUACUUUCGAAUAACGUUAAAGGAAGAAAAGGUACUAAGAAAUAAAAAGAAUUAUUCUAUAUUAGACUCUAACAAAAGUGGUGUAAGAUUUAGAAAUAAUAAAUUAAGUGAAUUGAAUGAUGAAUAUAUUGCUGUUAGAGAGAAAUAUACAACUCAACAGAAAACUGUUGUUAUAGAAAUUAUUGAAAUUGCAGCCGGAUAUACUAGUCCGAUUAAAAGUAUUGGAGAUGUUAUCGCGUGUCUUGACGUUCUCGUGGCAUUUGCCUUAGCUGCAGCAAAUGCACAUAAAGCAUACAUACGCCCAGAAAUGCUUUCUAGUGAGCACGGCGAAUUUAAUCUUAUUCAAGUGAGACAUCCUUGUUUGGAAAUACAAGACGGUGUAGAUUAUAUCGCUAACGACGUAUAUUUCAAAAGAGAUGAGAUUCAUUGUUACAUUAUAACUGGUCCAAACAUGGGCGGUAAAAGUACGUAUAUACGCUCUGCUGGUGUAACUGCAUUAAUGGCACACAUUGGAAGUUUUGUUCCUUGUGAUAAAGCAACAAUAUCUUUAUUGGAUUGUAUAUUAGCAAGAAUUGGAGCUGAUGAUUCUCAAUUAAAAGGGCUUUCAACGUUUAUGAUGGAAAUGAUAGAAACUGCUGCUAUUUUAAGGACAGCAACAUCUAAUUCACUUGUCAUUAUUGAUGAACUUGGUAGAGGUACAUCAACGUAUGAAGGAUGUGGUAUUGCUUGGUCCAUAGCAGAGCAUCUAGCAAAAGAAAUUAAAUCUUAUUGUUUAUUUGCAACACAUUUUCACGAAGUUACGAGACUUUCUGAGGAAAUACCUACUGUUAAAAAUCAACACGUAACAGCUCUUGUACAAAACGAUAAACUUACUUUACUUUAUAAGAUAAAGCCUGGUAUUUGUGAUCAAAGCUUUGGUAUUCAUGUUGCUAAAAUGGCUAAUUUUCCAAAUAACGUAAUAGAGUUUGCUAAGCGAAAACAAACAGAAUUAGAGGAUUAUCAAGGAACAGUUUUUGAAGGAUCUAAUUGUCCAGAAAAAAAGCGAAAAAUUAUAAAGGAAGCUGAUGGUUUGAUAGCCGAGUUUCUCAAUAAAUGCAAAACAUUAGAUAAAUCUUUACCAAAUCCAGAGCUAAGAGAUAGGAUCUUAGAAUAUAAAAAAGAAAUUCGUUCUCAUAAAAAUCCAUAUAUCGAAGCAUUAUUAUCAGAAGUUUUCUAAUUCAUCUUAUUUUAAGUAUGCCGAAUAAUUAAAUAUGCUGUCAAUUAUUGACAGAAUAAUUUUUA